AUGGGUCAACUACCUCGGGUUCGGAUUACACCAUUUCUACGGCCGUUCACAUUUGUAGGGAUAGAUUAUUUUGGACCCUACUUCGUGAAGGUAGGGCGAAGCUCCGUCAAGCGCUGGGUGGCGAUUUUCACGUGUCUAACCGUUCGAGCAAUACACCUGGAGUUGGUCUUCAGCCUAACAACUGAUGCGUGUAAGAAGGCCAUUCGACGAUUCAUCGCGCGAAGAGGAGCACCACAAGAGGUGUAUACGGACAAUGGAACGAACUUCUGCGGCGCUAGCAGGGAGCUGGCAACAGAGCUGCGGGAAAUCAACGUAACGAUGAGUAGCUGUUUUACGGAUGCCAACACUAAGUGGUAUUUCAAUCCACCCUCUGCGCCCCACAUGGGUGGGUGCUGGGAGCGCAUGGUGCGGUCCGUGAAGACUGCACUGGGAUCAUUGCCAACGUCACGGAAGCUGGACGACGAGUCUUUCAUAACCCUCUUAGCCGAAGCAGAGCAUAUGGUGAACUCACGGCCAUUAACGUUCGUGCCGUUAGACAACGAAGAGCAGGAGUCGUUGACUCCGAACCACUUUCUUAUGCUGAGUUCGAGUGGAGUUCGACAGCUGGUCAAAGCUCCCGUGGACCAAAGGAAAGCUGUAUUGGGAAGCUGGGCGCUGCUGCAGCACAUGCUUGACGAGUUUUGGCGUCGUUGGAUCGUCGAAUACUUACCAAUCAUCUCUCGGCGAACUAAAUGGUUCCAAGACGUCACACCGAUCAACGAGAAAGCACUAGUAAUGAUAGCAGACGAAGGGGUCCGAAACCGGUGGCUACGGGGUCGCGUGAUUCGCACCUAUCCAGGCAAAGAUGGAGUCGUGCGCAACGCAGCUGUGGAGACAUCUAGUGGAGUUUUGAGAAGACCAGUUUGUAAACUCGCUGUUCUCGAAGUUCGUGGAAAUGCUGAAGUAGAAGCAGAGACUAGCAGAGAUGGUGACGUCGAUGCAGUUUUCGAGCGACACGAGGGGGAGAAUGUUCCGACGAGUGGAUCCAUCUAA